AUGGCUACCAUUUUAGAAAAGCUCUUCACCUUGCAAGGCCGCACGGCCGUGGUGACGGGAGGCACGCGGGGCAUUGGCCAGGCCAUGGCAGUGGCCCUUGCGGAAGCAGGUUCAGAUAUCAUUCUCAUACAAAGAGAUGAAAGCAACACCGAGACAAAAACACAAGUAGAGGCACUGGGCAGAAAAGCCACCAUCUACACAGCAGACCUCUCAAGUCAGGAGGAAGUAGAAGGCUUGAGCAAGCGCAUCUUGGCCGAUGGCCACGACAUCAGUAUUCUAGUCACCUGUGCCGGCAUCCAACGCAGGCACCCCGCACACAAGUUCCCCAUGAGCGACUGGGACGAGGUUCUCCAAGUCAACCUCAAGACAGUCUGGACCCUAUGCCGAGACUUUGGCGCUUACAUGCUCACCCGCACCCCGAGCCCAGUCAACAGCCACCGCGGUAGUAUCAUCAAUGUGGCCUCACUCGUGAGCUUCCAGGGCGGCAUUACGGUACCCGCCUACGCGGCCGCCAAGGGCGGCAUAGCACAGCUGACGAAGGCGUUGAGCAACGAGUGGGCGAGCCAGGGUGUCAACGUCAACGCCAUUGCGCCUGGGUAUGUCGCCACGGACAUGAAUGAGGCGCUAAUCAAUAAUCCGGAAAGAGCGGCGAGUAUUCUGGCCAGGAUCCCCGCGGGGAGAUGGGGCACCCCGGAUGACUUCAAGGGUGCCACGGUGUUUCUUGCGGGGGCGGGGAGUUUGUACGUUUCGGGAGAGCUGCUUACAGUUGAUGGGGGCUGGAUGGGCCGAUGA